GUAUGUGCAUAUAAAAAGAGAAGAAAAGAGUGGAAAGGUAAGUGUAAUUUCAAACGUAUGGCAAUUGAAAGCUAAUAAUAUUUUGAGGGAAGCUGUGCGAUAAUGCAAGGUAUGGGUUAAAAUUGACCAGUACGAUUGUGUGUUAAGGUGAAGCGCGUAACACGUGGUGUCACACUCUUCAUCUUGCGACGUGACGGAAUGUAUCGUAUGAUCUAUUUGAAUCGCGCAACAUGUGUAUACAUCUCCCAAAAGUGUAUUCGCGAUUUGCCGUAUUACACGGCUCUGCUACGAACCCAAGCGUACGUUGGCGCGACAUAGCUUUGCUCGUGACUCGUGCACAGAGCGCUUACGACGCUUCUGCCUGCGGCGUUGGGUGUUUUAUGUCGCAUAGAAACUUGUAAUUAAACGUUUAGCACUGUCAAAUAUGGAUGUCUCGUGUGUGACAUUUGAAGCACGAAUGCGUGCGUCUUUGUGUCUUUAAUCUCGCGUCGCAGUCCGCGAAAAACUGUAAACAAUGAAACGACACGACCGAGGUGUGCUUUAAUAAACAAGUAUACAAUGUGAAAGAAUGUACAGUACGAAAGAGCAAACCGAUCUCUUCCUUGCAAGUCGUAAUCAUGGAGACUGCGAGCAGGACAAAUCUCCGGAUGUCUUUCCGGAAGCGAUCCAAAAUUAGCACAAUGUCCACGUAUCCGUUAAGUCUAAACCGAUAAUCACGAGCACGGGCGAAGCAUUCCGGGGUCCUACACUGUUACUAGUACACUUGUUCGGUGUCGAUCUCGAACGUGCAAAAAAAAAAUGAACGAAAGAAGUGUCGAAGUGAAAAGAGGAGACAAAAGUGCGACGCUAAGCCGACCGGAAAAAAAAAGCUGGGCGAGAGAAAUAGGGGAGAGUGGUCGUACGAGUAGAGAAAGAAAAGCAAAGAUAACGCAAAAAAAAAAUGAUACAAAGCGGGAUAUAUGACCGACAGGGAAAUGACGCACUUUAAAUGUUUGGCAUUGCAGACUCGGCGGACGGUAGCAGCGGCGAAAAGGCAGAUAAAUCAGGCGACAAAAGCGCAAUGCCGGCCGUUUACCGAAAACGACACCUCUCCCCAGGAAGCAUUGAUAGAUUGCCGCCGUUCGCCAAGCAGCCCAAAUUCGAUGAGAGUCACAACGCGUCUCGACGACUGGACGGCGUGUCGUCGUUGUCGUUGUCGUCAUCAUCCUCGUCGUUGUCGUCGUCGUCGUCGUCGUCGUCGUCGUCGUCGUCGUCGUCGUCGUCGUCGUCGUCGUCGUCGUCGUCGUCAUCGUCGUCGUCGUCGUCGUCAUCGUCAUCGUCAUCGUCAUCGUCAUUAUCCUUGUCUCUGAACAAGUCGAUAGACACCGGCAGCGACGGCAGGCAAUCGGACGCGGAGUUGUCGUCCGAUGGUCGGCUGUCCGUGCGCGAGGACGGCUACCUGCGCGACCUGGAACUGAAAGAGGCGCGGGUGUUGCUGCAUGACAUCAAGUACAGCAUAGAGCGCCAAGACGAGGUGACGGCAAUGACGACGACAACGACGACGGCGACGAUGACAGCGACGACGAAGAAGAAACGAGCGGCCAAGAAGAAGUCGAGGGAGCUCUGGGAAGUGGAGAGGAUCUUGCAGAAGCGCGAACAGCGCGGCGACAAGGAACCGCUCUACCUGAUCAAGUGGAAGAACUGGGACUCCGCAUACAAUACGUGGGAGCCGCGACACAACCUCACUAACUGCGAAGACCUGCUGAGCGAGUUCGAGAAGAGCCUGCAGAAGCUGAUCGAACAGUUCAAGAGACGGGAGAGUUACUACCCGGACGCGUACGACGCCGAGCGCCUGUUGGCCGAGCUGCAGUGCCAAGGUGUCUCGAUCAACAAUGUCGACGCCAUGUCUGCAAACGAAUCCGACUGCCUUUACAGCAGCAUCCGCUCGUACCUGAAAAGCUCGCGCCAUCAGCAGAACAGCAUAAAGAUCAAACGACAGAUCCUGCAUAUGCUGCUGCGCGAGUUGCGACUCGACCAGCUGGAGUCGCUGCAGGAAUGGGAGAACGAGAUGAACUGUAUCGCGAAGCGCAAGCCGGCGAUACAGGUGGAGAAUCUGGUGGAUCUGGAGGGCGCGCCGCAGGAUUUCUUCUAUAUCGACAACUACCUGCCAGGCACGGGUGUCAUAAUACCGGACGAUCCGCCGAUCGGCUGUGAGUGCAACGUCUGUGAGGCCAAGUCGAGCUGCUGCUUCGCGCAGAACGGCCAGUCGUUGCCGUACACGUCGGCCGGCCGAGUGCGUGUGCCGCCUGGCACGCCCAUUUACGAGUGUAACAAACGCUGUACUUGCAACUCCAGCUGCCCGAACCGCGUGGUGCAGCGCGGCACCGGCACUCAGCUGUGCAUCUUCCGCACGGACAACGGCCGCGGCUGGGGCGUGAAGACACUACGGGCGAUUAAGAAAGGCACUUUCGUCGUGCACUACGUGGGCGAGGUGAUCAGCAACGAGGAGGCGGAGAGACGCGGCAAGCAGUACGACAUGACCGGCCGGACGUACCUUUUUGACCUCGACUACAACGAGACCGACGGCCAGUGCCCCUACACGGUGGACGCCGCCAUAUACGGCAACGUCUCGCACUUCAUCAACCACUCAUGCGAUCCGAACCUCGCGGUCUACGCCAUCUGGAUCAACUGCUUGGACCCGAACCUGCCGAAUCUAGCGCUCUUCGCCAUCAAAGACAUCAAGCAGAACGAGGAGCUCACCUUCGACUAUACGUGCCAGUCAUCGCGCGCCAACGGGAAGAUGAAGCAACAACCACACGACGACGAGACGGACGCCACCAACGCCGUCGCCAAGAACAAGACUCUCUGCAAAUGCGGCGCCGCCACGUGCCGGCGGUAUCUUUUUUAAGGGGAGCUGUUCGCUCAGAUGUGCUUCUUUUCCUCCUCUCUCCUACUUUUCUCCUUCAUCAUCUUUAUCCUUUUUUUCUUCCUCUUCUUCUUCUUCUUUUUUUUUUUCAUUUUUCUUCUUCCUGUUCUUUUUUCUUCGGAAGGUAACUCUCAUCGAUCAGAAUAGACACCUAUCGACCUCCCGACUUUCCACGAUUCGCGACUGAAUGAACUAGUAGUUUCUCCGAUUGCCUUCAUCGACGAUUGGCCGAUGGCUCAUCAACCUGGUCGACCUCCUGGCUACUCGAGAGAAGUAACGAGAGAAACGAAGGCAUUCACGAGCGUAGACUAAGAGCACUCUAUGAAAUGUUGUUGCUGUUGCAUCUUGUCACGAUGUUGUUUUAUCACAUAACCGCGAACUUUACGAUCACUCAUUCUCAAUUUUAUUUGUUAAGAAGAUAGAAUGACCCCCCUAGGUGCAAUAGAAUGUGAAAAUAAUCAAAACUACAUACAGAGAUUCUUAUCUUAUGGUCGGGUCAUGGAUCGAAUGAAUGAGAUUUUAAAGGACGCGAGCCGUCCGUUUUUCCGCGGUAAGACCUUGGAGACUGAGUGAGAAACCGCUGGCGCGACUCACUUGCGACGGGAGAUGCAAACGAAGAACCGAUGGGAAGUUGGUAGGAUUUUUCUCAGACAUAUCGGAGGUUGCUACGGAAUGAAGAAUGCGACGAAACACACACACACACACACACACAUACAUAUGAAUGCACACACAUACACGUGUUGCAUGGCUUGAGUUUUAAUAUUAUAUCGUUUAUUUUUAUAUACUUAGCCGAUCGUAGAAGAUGCAACACCAGGUGUCGUCGAGCAUAAAACUGAAUUCACUUUCUUGUGUAACACAGUAGAAUGUAUAUCGACCUUGGCAUAUAGAGUUUAUAAAAAUACGUACGUGUCUAUGAAAAUACAGCAACACUUGUUCACUACUUUCACGUGAGAACGCGAGCUACAUUUCGACUCGUCUCACGCACGAACUCGCGCGGUCUCAGUUGUGAGAUUUUCACAACGUUUCUCGGGAGAUUCAGCCGUAAGAUGCUGAAGUGAACUUACGAUUAUUAAAGUACCGUGGCACACAACAAGGGUUCUCCUAGGAUCGAUGACGUUUGAUCAGGUAAGGGAAGGACAGGUCGAAUACGGGCCUUCCUUGAUCGAGCAUCUGAGUCUUUGGUUUCUUGUCGUGUGGGACAUUCCUUAUCUUGGACAUUAGACGACUAGGCUCGAAACGGAGGAGAAAGCGAAAAAAGAAAGACAAAAAAAAACAACAAACACUACGAUAUGCACAAGUACAAAUACAACAGCUUGAAGUCUACGCCUUAGUAAUCGUAAGAUGUCGAGGGAGAUUGCGACUUUGAGAUCGUCCUAUAUGUACAUGAAGAAGUUUAUAUACAAGGUGUUACCGAAGGAUGAUUCAAAACUACAAAGACUUGUAAUAUUCACUGAAUUGAAUAAAGGAAAUUGCUUAGUUGGCAUGGAUUCGCAGAUUAAUCUGUGUCAUCGCAGAUUACACGGAAUUGUUUUGUCAUUUUAUUAUUUUAGCCAAUUCGGCAUUGUCUUGGCUGAGAACCGCACUUCAGACCGCAGACGAGUGCGCUAAAAUGUCCAGAGGAAGAGGAAAGUUUAACUCCGUCUGAAUCCGGAGAUCGGGCAGAAUCGGAUCUGAUUAUUUUUCUCUGGGGAUGUACACAACUUUAAUGCAUUAACGACUGCGCGGGUAGAGGAGGAAGGGGGACGGCAAACUGCGGAGCUCUUGAAGAGAACACAAAAGUGUGAUAAACACGAGAGACAUGUCGAAUGUGUAUUUGAAUGAAUGCAGGGGGGAGGAAAAUAGAAUACAACAAAAUCGUAAAAUGACAAAACGAUCCCUCGUAAUUUGCGACAAUCCUCUGUGUUCCUGCGACGCAGGAGAUCAUGGCUCGCCCUGGAAGAAGCGGCUGAGUGUUUUCUAUUCAGUUUGACGAGUAUCCCAAGUUCAUAAACUUUUGAAGCACCUUCUAAUGACGCCCUGCGUAUCCGAUGCAUUAGGGAACGAUACUUGGAUACUAUCGCGUAACACGUUAUGUUUUUAUAUGUUAUAAUAACGUAUUAUAGGAACGUAUCUGUUCAGCCUCAGCUCGCCACCUGGAGCGGGGCCACUUGGUGGAUACCGGUGGAGACAAUUGGGGCUCUCACGAAGAUAUUUAUAGAGCGAAGCGACAAAGAAUCGGUGAUAUCGCAUUUCGACAUACGUUACUCGCGUGAGAGCGUCCUAUUUUUGAAACGCCGAGGAAAACGAACGAAAAUAUUACAUCUUUAUCUUCCUGGGCAGCGUGUUGAUUGUUUUUACGUGGCGCGUCAAUUGGACAGAACACCGAGCGCUGACUGGAGGGAGAUCUUCAUCAGGAAUAUCCUCGGGGUCGGCAGGACUAUAGCAGAGCGCGGGGGUUUACAUCUGACGUGCCAAAUAGCUCUUCACGCGUGAAGAGUGACUUUCCUAGAGAGAGUGUCACGAGUGAAGAAAAAAGAGCGUGUGAAGAAUGUUGAGCACUUGUCAACGAUGUAUGUUUAUACGCAUGAUCACUUGGGAAGAGCAGCGUGCGAUCAAAUCUUCUCAAGACUGCAAGAGGGAGAAAUGUCUCACCGAAUGAAAGGCUUAUCAGCGAUGUACAUGUGUGUAAUAUCAAAAUGUGUCGGCGAGAUUUUUAAUAUCUGACCGGAUGCCGGAGCGUCGAUUUACCGAUUUCAAACGUCAAGUAUAAAAUGUACCAAGACGUCGACCAUCUGCUCUUUUCCUUCUUUUUUUGUUCCUUUUUUUUUUGUUCUAUUUUCUUUUGUCAUUAUAUUGAGCAAUUAUUUAUAUGUUUUGCUUGUAGAGUAAAGCGCUUUUUACAAAUAUAGUAAUUUCAUGGGUUAUGAUUGUUGUACCGAAUAACAGCGUCGGACAGCCUCUUAUUAAUUAUUAUUGCAGUACUAAACAGUUGUAAAUAUUAUGUGCUGCAUGCAAUCUGUUUUUCUUUUUUUUUUUUUUUUCUUUCCAUGUUGAAGCGAUUGUAUUCUUGAUCAUGUUGAAAUGCAAAAAGUUGAUGCGAAUUUGUAUACAGAAAGUUGGGAUUAACCCUGGAUUAACUUGAAGGAAUGGCGUUUUGGAAAAAAAAAACAAUGCUAAAUGCAAAAGUCUUAGGGUUCGGAAACGAGCAUCUAGUGGUGAUUUUGAACUUUGCAAAGGUCAUGAAGUUGACAAAAGUUAGGACAUUAUUGUAACAGCAUAUUCUUGAGACCUAGAAAUAGAGUAAAACAGUGUAGUAUCGCUUUUUCUUCCGACAAAUAGCGAAAUAUCGUAAAGUAAAUAUUGAAAAAGUUGCAAAGUUUCCCUCAUUUUAUUUUAUAAAGGCAAAUAAAAAAACGUUUCAAACAAAAGUUGCUCGAAUUAAUUGGUGGAAAAAGAUGAUAAUAGGAAAUAAUAAGAAAUGGGGAUUUCCAUUUAUGAUUUUAAGCUUGUCCCUGACUUGAUCUCUAAGCUUGAUCCCUAGGUCAAGUUCAGGUUCACCACUAAAAUGCCCAUUUCCAAACUCUAAAACUUUUGUAUCAUAUAUACACAGGGUAUACCAGAAAGAUGCGAAUCCCGGGUUAACUUGAAGGGAUGACGUUUCUGAAAAAAAAAAAAAAAA